AUGGUUUCUAAAGAAGGUGAAAUGAUUUCUUUCAAAAAUCAAAUUAAAAUGAUAAAAUCUGUACCAAUAUGGAUGAAUUCUGUGGUUCAAGAAAUGAAAAAAACCGUGAAGUAUAUAAUUAAAAUGUCAAUUUACAAUUAUGCAUCAGUCAAACAGUCGUGCUCUGACUGGAUUAUUAACCAUGCUGGAGUAUGUACAUUGGUAGCCUGUAAGAUUUGGUGGACAGCAGAAGUUGAAUAUUCACUCAUGCAAGUUAAUGAGGGAAAUUUGAAAGCAAUGAAAAGUUUAAUGUACAAAGUUAAUGAUAGGCUAGAUGAAUUAUUGCUUCAAAUAAGAAACCCUUUAAAUAUUACGAAUAGGAUAAAAUUUAUUAAUACAUUUCUACUUAUUUUUUAUGGAAAAAGUGUAGUUGAAAGGCUUAUCAAUGAAAGGUAUUUUACUUUUGAUCCCAAUAUUUUAUUACCACUUUUAUAA